CUUUUGGGCUGCAUCUUUUGUGACCUCACGGCCCCCCAAAUACACGUGAUUCGUAUUCCGUUUGUAUAAAGCUCCAAAACAUAACUGCCAUUCAGUGAGACAUCUCUGAAUUAAUGAAAACCCUACUAUGUGCAGGUUUGCAUUUCCUCCCUACUUGUGAACAAUGCCAAAGAAAGUGAAGCCCACAGGGGAUGAGAAUGAAGAAGAGUCUGUUCCUUGCAAGCAGGUGAAAGAGGAGCUACCUAAUACGCUUUCUGUAUUAAACUUUGACAGCCCCAGUAGUUUCUUUGAAAGUUUAAUAUCACCCAUCAAAGUAGAGACAUUUUUCAAGGAAUUCUGGGAACAGAAGCCCCUUCUCAUUCAGAGAGAUGACCCUUCGCUGGCCGCAUAUUACCAGUCUCUGUUCAGCCUCUCAGAUCUGAGGAGUCUCUGCAGCCAAGGGCUGUACUAUGGAAGAGAUGUCAAUGUCUGCCGGUGCAUCGGUGGGAAGAAGAAGGUUUUAAAUAAGGAUGGCAAAGCACAGUUUCUUCAGCUGAGAAAAGAUUUUGAUCAGAAGAGGGCAACAAUUCAGUUUCAUCAGCCACAGAGAUUUAAGGAUGAGCUCUGGAGGAUCCAGGAAAAGCUGGAAUGUUACUUUGGCUCCUUAGUAGGCUCAAAUGUGUACAUGACUCCCGCAGGAUCUCAGGGCCUUCCUCCACAUUACGACGAUGUUGAGGUUUUUAUCCUGCAGCUGGAGGGAAGGAAACGUUGGCGCCUGUACUCCCCAACUGUGCCCCUGGCGCGUGAGUACAGUGUGGAGCCUGAGGACCGGAUUGGCACACCAACACAUGACUUCCUGCUGAAGCCUGGCGAUUUGUUGUACUUCCCCAGAGGGACCAUUCACCAGGCAGAAACUCCUUCAGGCCUGGCCCACUCUAUUCACCUGACUAUUAGCACCUACCAGAACAAUUCAUGGGGAGAUUACCUUUUGGACUCCAUUUCGGGGCUUGUAUUUGACAUUGCAAAGGAAGAUGUGGCAUUAAGGACUGGAAUGCCCAGGCGGAUGCUCAUGAAUGUGGAAACCCCAGCUGACGUAACAAGGAAGUUGAGUGGCUUUCUGAGGACUCUGGCAGACCAGCUCGAGGGCAGAAAAGAACUGCUCUCAUCAGAUAUGAAGAAGGACUUCGUCAUGCACAGACUUCCCCCUUUCUGUGUGGGAAAUGGAACAGAGUCAAUGAACCCAGGUGGAAAGUUGCCAAGGUUGAACAGCAUAGUAAGACUGCAGUUUAAAGACCACAUUGUCCUCACAGUAGGGCCCGAUCAGAAUCAAUCUGAUGAAGCUCAACAAAAGGUGGUUUACAUCUACCAUUCUCUAAAGAAUGAGAGACAGACGCACAUGAUGGGGAAAGAGGUGGAAACAGAGAUUUAUGGACUUCGCUUUCCUUUAUCCUAUGUGGACGCUCUGAAGCAAAUCUGGUGCGGGUCACCAGUUCGUGUUAAGGACCUGAAACUUGGCACAGAUGAAGAGAAGGAGAACCUGGCAGUGUCUCUCUGGACAGAGUGUCUAGUCCACGUGCUCUAGUGCCUUAUGCAGAGAACUGUUGUACUUUCAGUGAGGGGAACUUAAUCCCGAGGGCACUUGGUGUUCUGAUUAGUGCUCUGGGUGGAGCUGUGGUUGGUUACAGAGAAGAGGCAGGAGAAAGAAGCUGGUUCAUGUCCUCAUGGACAGGAGAGGGAAAACAGGAAAUUAUUAGGCAUCCCAGGCUGUGAUAAAAUGAUACUUUGGACAAGUUUAUUUAAUCCAGUGUUGUAGAAAAGGCACAACUCCAGUACAUACGUCAUAUAGAAUUAUGUCAUUAACCUGGCUUCUUUGUCUUGGUUCUUUGGAAAAAAUAACUCCUUUAAAGAGCAUCCUUGGCUCCAAAAAUACUUUUUAACAAUUAAAACUUAGGAAUAAAGUUGUUUUUUUUUUACAAUGAAAAUAUACAAUCUUUGAGCAUAAAUGACCCCUUUCCCCAUUAAAAUAAACAUGUUUUGUGUAAUACUGCCAGCCCAUAAGAGGUACCCAGCAUCUGUGCAUAUUUGGAGCUUUCAGACGCUGCUUGGAAGAUGACAGAAGAGCCAGACCAAAAAAAAAAAAAAAAAAAAAGAGGCCAGUAUAUACAUGGAAAGACCAAGAGUAUAAAAAAUAAUCCAAGUAGGUGGCUCUUUGUGUCUUAAGUAUUCACGGUUAUUUUACAUUCUAAAGUGCAUACAAGUUGGUAUUUAAAAAUAUUGCUGGAGAAUUUCUGUAAAAAAUAAGUUUUGUUUUUUUUCUGGUCAAAACUGGGGCUGAAAGCAGUGGCUAUCUGAAGCAAAUUUUGGCUGUUGACCUAUAUACUGUGCAGGUGCCUCUGUACCUGGCUUUGCUCAGCUGUGCCUGUUCAGGUGUCAGAGACAAAUUAGAAACCCUGUUUGCUCUAUCUGAACCUGCGAGUAGUGCUUUACUCCAGGGACAUGUUCAGGUCUUAGACAUAAGUGACUCGGUCUUGAUAUUACUUUUCCUCCUUAGGUCAGGCACAAUGUAAGGUAGGCACUCUCAAGAGUAUUGUCACCUCAGGACGUGUUGGUGAGCACACUGGGAUGCUAGGUUUGUAGUUAAAAAAACAGUAAAGACUGGCCAUGCCACAGAAAGUACUUUAAGUACUAGUGCCUUUUGCCUCAAGAAGCCAAGGUCCUUCCUUGGAGUCAAGUAAUUAAAAAAUAUAAAUACUUAUGAGUGUUUCAGUUAAAAGGUUUCUAUAUAGAAACUAAUACAGCAGCAACUUAAUACAAAAGCUUUUUAAAGUAAGUCUUCGGAUGGUGCUAAAAAUGACUCAUCUUCCUGCAGGAGUAUGAUAACCUGCAGGAAUUUGUUUCCCUGGGCCUCAUUCACAGGAGCAUGGAGCAGGACACUGGUUACUAACUAAUGCGUAGAACACACUGUCCAGACAACUCGGCGCCAUCAAGGACAGAAGUCAUGGUUAGUGCUUAGGAGAGAAAAGAAAUUGGUCACUACAACUGGAUCCAUCAGGAAAAGAAAUAAUUUACAUUUUCUUCACAAGGACACUCCAUAACUGGUGAGAAUGUUUUAGCAUUUCCAUGGAGCAGUGGUUUCACUGCUUGGGAGAAAGUUUCUGUGUACAGUGCACUAGUGUGAACACAGCAGCUUCCUUCCCUUGCACACAGGGCAAGAGUGGGUGGAGGUGCUCUUGUGAUUCUCUCACAAGAUUUCAAUGUCCCAUUUCUGUGUUUCUUCUCCUUCCAAGGGCUGAUUUACAAUGACAUGAGUCUUGUCACAAUAGUUUCCUCCUAAGAUAGAAAUUUAAGAAAACAUUUGUUCAAUUGCACAACCUUUUUGUUUGACACACUGUUAAAGUAGAUUAAUAUAUUAUUUGCAAAACAGUUUAAAAUGGGAACCUGGGUUUGAACCAGUAUUCACCUCAAAUUGGACCCUCUUGUCAAACUGAAAAACAUGUUUGUAGAUGCAUAAGAUGCCCAAAGAAAUAUGCCAUACAAAAGCAGUCUCCCAAGUGAACCUGUGGUAGUGCCAGGCACUGUUUUUGUUUCUACAGCAGCAGUUGGGUUGUGCCUAACACAACAGCCAUAAUAAAUAAUAUUGGCUCCGACUAUGUAAAAAAAAUUAAAGAAUAAGGUUAAUUGCUCCUGCCAUAAAUGUUAAUUGAGGGCUUUUUAAGGUUCACAGCAAUUCAGUACAAGAGAUGUUUCUGGAAAAGAAACAGAUGACAUCUUUAUUCUGUAGAUUUUGCUGCUUCAAAUUUAGAAUCCCAACAGUUUAUGAAAAUUAAGGUUGCAGGUGAAAUUUUUAUUUAAUGAAGGAAAAGCUACUUAGAUUUCAUUAUUGGGGUUUUUGUUGGUUCCUGGCUGUAUGACCCAUUAUUUUCUUUUUAAACCCCCCUCCCCCAUGUAAGUGAAAAGGACUGUAUUUCUCUUAAAUGAAUAUUUUUCUUUUCCUUUUUUGUUUUUAAUGUGUAGUGAUAUGAAGGUGGCAGGUCUGGGAGUUACAGACAAUUGUGAGCUGCCAUGUGGGUAGUAGGAACUAAAUUCUUCCUCUGGAAGAGCACCCAGUGCUCUUAACCACUGAGCUAUCUCUACAGACUAAAAGAAUGUUCUUUGCUUGGAAGGAAGGGUGUUUGGAACUCCCACUCCCCUUCAGAGGCAUAUCACAUUGGUUAUUACCAAAGGCCCACCUUUAACAUCCAGGACAAGUUCAUCACUGAGAUAAGAGCUGAUGGUUCCAUUUCUGUUCAUUCUCCACUUCUGCCUGAACUGCCCAUGUUCAGUCCACAAGGCUACCUUGGCUCCUGGAGUGUCCCGGCCUCCAAUCACAUCAAGACAUGUGUCACUGGCCUAUACAUACAAUAAUCAGGAAAUAAAAUGAUCCACUGCUCAUGUCAAUAUAAAUGCAGUAGCCAUGUCUUAACUGAAAACUACAAUUUCCAUUUAUCUUUAAAAGUCUGUGACCGAUGAGGAAGGAUAGGUAGCAAAACUGAAAUACAAAUACUUGUUUUUAAAAGGUUCUGCCUCUGACACCAGGUCUUCAGCAAAGAUGUGCUAAACUGGAAUGCUGCUAAGUCCCUGUUAGAUUAAAUAGAUGAUGCUUGGUUUUCUAUUUUAAUUGACGAACCACUGUACCAAAGAUAAGCAGGUACUAAUUUUCAUUUUAAAGCGUAAAAAGUAGAUAGGUCCAUUGGUGAUAAAAUAUAGUGUUUUUCUGAGUUAGUGCUCUGUUCCCCAAAGCAUCAAGCAUGACGAGGGGGAGGCUUCUAAUGUUCAUGACUGUUCACUGUGGCUCCACUGUAUAUUCUAAAAAGAGAGGCUUUUAACGUGUUCGGAAUCCUGAGAGAGAACUGAGCCUAUCUGGCUGUCAAAUAAGGAACUCUUCUCCCACAAGCAUAUUGCCUGCUUUGGCUCCAAAGGAGGGAAUCGUUUAGGUUAUGUGUUAAUCUUGCUUCUUAAAAAAACAAUCUGUACUUUGAUUUGAAAAAAAAAGUCUAAAUCCAUUUUUUAUAAUUAUACAAUGAACUGUCCCUAGGAUGCCAGCUGAUCUGGUGGUAUUGUAGCCAGCGUACAAAUGUGAACAUCAGAGAAGACAUGACCUUUUACCUUGGAUUUAAACAGUCCUCGGCAGUAGUGCCAGAUCUGAGUGUCUUUUCCACUGUAGGGAGAGACGCAUACAGACAUUGUCCGUGCAUCUGCUGGGUUCCCAGUGACGGUCAGAUAUUCAUCCUGGGCUCGGUUCCUUAUUCUGAUGUACACUGCAGGCUACACAAAAAGAGAAACCAUUGAAGGGUGGGGACCUUAAAUUUCCCAAUUGGAAAAUCAAUCUGUCCAGAGCAGGAAAGUGAGAAGGUACUAACUUUAAUAAAUACGUUUCACUCCA